UGUUUUCCUUGUGCACUUGCAGGAAUAUUGUGUCUUAACCGUUUAAGCAACCAUGCUGGCUGCAAGGCUAGUAUGCCUGAGGACGUUACCAUGCCAGGCUGUCCGCCCUGCCAUUAUUCAGGCUUCGCCAGCUUUGAGGAACACCAAUAUAAAAGCAUACAGGCUGUGGCAGCCUAGCCAGUGUUACGCAACGAGAGUAAGAACGGGCAUAAGGCGUGGAAAAAUUGGCCAAGAAAUCAAAGAAGCAGCAUUUGAGCCAUCUGCAGAAACUGCACUUAAAGCUGAUCGCCUGGGAAGAUUAGUUGUUGCUGGGGGGGCUGCUGUUGGCCUGGGAGCUCUAUGUUACUAUGGAAUGGGCAUGUCCAGUGAGAUUGGAGCUAUUGAAAAAGCUGUCAUUUGGCCACAGUAUGUGAAAGACAGAAUUCGCUCUACUUACAUGUAUUUUGCGGGAAGCAUUGGCUUGACAGCACUGUCUGCUGUGGCAGUGAGCAGAUCUCCGGCACUCAUGAGCCUUAUGACAAGAGGCUCUUGGCUGGCAAUAGGUGCAACUUUUGCAGCUAUGAUUGGUGCUGGAAUGUUGGUCAGGUCUAUAUCCUAUGAAGAUAGUCCGGCAACUAAACAUCUUGCCUGGAUGAUGCAUUCAGGUGUGAUGGGUGCAGUGGUGGCUCCUCUAGCCUUCUUGGGUGGUCCCCUGCUGAUCAGGGCUGCCUGGUAUACAGCUGGAAUUGUUGGAGGGCUCUCAACUGUGGCCAUGUGUGCCCCAAGCGAAAAAUUCCUGAAUAUGGGAGGACCACUUGGAAUAGGCUUAGGCUUUGUUCUUGCCUCUUCAAUUGGAUCCAUGUUCUUGCCUCCUACGUCUGCUUUUGGUGCUGGCUUGUAUUCAGUAGCUGUUUAUGGUGGAUUGAUACUCUUUGGCAUGUUCCUGCUGUAUGAUACGCAACAUGUUAUCAAGCGUGCAGAGACUCUUCCGUAUUAUGGAGUAACUAGAUAUGAUCCAAUCAAUGCGUGCCUGCGCAUCUACACAGAUACCCUAAACAUCUUCAUUCGGGUGGCCACCAUGCUUGCCACUGGUGGAAGUGCCAGGAGAAAGUAAACCAAGGCUCCUCUCUGCAACUGUCUGAUAGAUCAAACUUCUAGGUUAUCUGCCUAGUGCAUAUACGAAAUAAAAACUCAUGGGUACAAGCAGUUUUGCUGCAGGAGUCAGAAGUGUAAAGCAUUUCAGCAAAUUACUCUUGUUUCAGUGCAAUGUGAUUCAAACUUAAUGCAAACCCUUUCCAGUUCUGUGUUUAAAAUAGUGUGAAUUGCUUCUAAUUGUACCUUAUUUGGGGAAAGUAAAUUAUUUUUAAUAUAUUGAGUAAAAUAGUUGGUCAGCUUUUUAAUGGGCUUGGCAGCAGCUUUUGUUGCUUUCCUUUUUACUGUAACUACCUAGUAAAAGGAAGUAAUCUCUAAAGUGGUAUCCCUUAUGCCAAUAGGGAUACAAGCUACUUCAGGAAGUGCUGUUGAGAGAAAACAGCUUUCAGUUAAGAUUUUGUAAAAUGAUCCUCUAGUGACACAUGAAGAACUGAACAAAUUGGAUACAGCGCUGACUGCGGUCAAUGCCUUCUGUUAUCUAGGCAGAAACUUCAGAAAUGUGUAAGCAGUUGUUAGGAGUACGUUGGCCUGAGUGAAUGAGGUGACCAAAAGUAGAAAGGGGACAUGAAGAGGAAGCUUUGCAGCGCCUGUCUUGUUUGAAGACUUCAGUCUCUUUCUGAAGCACACAUUAAGACACUGGAAACUAAACCUGAGUCUUCAUGUUAACUGGGUGUAAUAGCAACCAGGCUCUUCUGGUGCUAGAGUUGUAAAUCAUUGAAUAGUGUUAGAGGUAUGUCUUUUUUCCAGCGACUAAACUUCAGUAUUGCAGGUGAAGCACAGACUUUUGGAAGAACUUCCAGUGCUCUUAAAAGCUUGUACAAUUGGCACUGAAAGAGGCGGUUGAGGAUGCCCUGUUGUAAACCCAAGUAUCAUAAAUCUACCGUACUUCUGUACACUUUCUUCCUCUGUUUUUAACUCUUCUGCAAAUCGGUAUGUUUAGCUCAAUCUAAAACGCUCCCUAUCAGUGUUGUUGAUUUGACGUUAACAAAGGCAUACCUGCCAAACUCCAUUGGUAUGUGUUGGAAUAAGAGGUGAGUUCUUGGGCACAAGGAAGCUUUGAGCAGAUGUCAACAACUCAAACUUUCAUUUUCUGUUAAAUAUGCUAUGCUCAUGUAUUGACUUAUGGAACAAUAAAAUUCUAGCCUCACAAGUUUACUGCUCA